CAAGCGCCAUCACCUUUGGUCGAACAAACAGGAGAUUUUACGGGAAGCAAUUCGAUCGCAUGCUCUGCAGAGAAUUCCGGAUCGCUGCGGAAUCUCAGGAGCGGGAUGGUGGGUUGCUCCCUUCUCUGGUUGCUCCUAAAUGGCUUAGGUUUUUUCGUGGAGAGUUCAUUUCUUCCAACUGCAGAUCAACUAGACAGCACAAUUGGAUAUAAGUGGAUAUCAUCAGAAAUGCAUAUACCUGAAGCUUCACAUAAAAGAAAUAAGAGGCUAAUCAUACCAAGACAUGAAGUGGUGCUACGUACUUCAAAUUUCACCAAGGCCGAAGACAUCCCUACACCCAUUCCUCAAUUGCAACAGAAGUCUAGGAGAAAAGGUAACAGGAAUUCGAAAAGGAGAGGGAGUAUCUCUGGUAAAGAAGAUGCAAUAAAGUCUCACAAAUUGUUCACAGGGGCUGAUAGAAAAUUGAAGAAGCAAAGCAAAGCGCGGAAAAACAAUCCCGAAUUUAUCCGUCAAGGUCAAUCUCCAAGGCGUCUUCGGCAACAUAUGCAGCAUAAAAAAAAGGUCAAGCAAUUCUUACAGAAAAGAAUUCAAGAACAAAUUCAACAGCGUAAUCCAAACGCAACACCUUUUACUUAAAAAUAACUUCUUCGGACUUAUUUGAAAUUCUACAUUGUUCUUUGCAUUUCUAAAUAAUGAGUAGAGUUAUUGUUCCACAAAUAAAGAAAUAUUACCUAAAGCCAAAAAUGAGAA